CACACUAUUCCAUGACGCUUGAAUUUUAGCGGACAAACUCGAAAAAGAAACGCAAAAGGGACAACGCUAGGCAGAAGAAUACAAAUUCCACCGAAUAUCGGGCAGUUUUAACUUUUAUAAGCCAACCACGCAGAAGCAGAGUCCGCCGCCAAGAUGCCGCGCACCAAGAUACCAAAGAACUCGAAGCGCAACCGUGAUGUGGCCAACCGCGAGGAGAAGGUGCGCCUGUACGAGCUGAAAAUGGAUUCCCGCCUGAUCAGCAUCGACUCGCUGGAGUCCAAGUUCCUGGCCGCCGUCGACCACCAGGUGAAGACGCUGCUCGGCCAGGUGCAGAAGGAGCUGGCCAACCUCAAGAUGCCCGAGGUGCUGCGCCUCUUCGAGGAGCUCGACCGCUUCAGCGACUUCAAGGCCAGCGACCAGACGCAGCUGCUCGCCUCGAUGUCCAUGAGCGGCAGCGCCCUCGACGGCCACGCCCCCUCGACCACCGGGAGUCGCAAUGACGAAGGCUACCUUACAGAGGACAGCAGCAUCGGGGCCAGCGGCGGCAGCAUCCUGGCCGCCCACACAGGCUCCCUGUUGCGGUCCACGAAGGCCAUGCGGACUCCCGGACCGCUGAAUUCGGCCAGAGCUCGUCGAGCACGCCGCAGUCGAUCCGCUUGCGGGGAUCUGAAUGUCCUGCACUCGGCCAAACCGCCGUCCGUUUUGAGCAGUGCCGUAGCAAACAGUGGUCGUCAUUCGCGCAGCAAGAUGCGCACACCGAUGGCCUCUCGCCAAAAGGCCUUCAGUGCCGAUCGCACACCUCGGGCGCAGAAGCAGAUGCGCUCGGGAUCGCCAACCACUCCGCCGAUGGCCUUCCUCCGCUAUCCCAAGCCCGGCGAGGUGGCCCUGUCCAAGUUCGGAAGCCCCAUGGUGUCCCAAGUAAUGCCUGACAAGUUCGCCAACGUGAACAUACCCAUUCGAAACGGAGUUCUUAGCUUGCGGCCCAAGAAACUGGAUGCUGGCGAGGUCGAGUCAAAUCUCCUGGAGAACCUGGACGAGGACACCCUCAACCAGAUCAAAACACUGCACGAGAACUUGCAGAUGAUCGUGAAUAAGGCCAGCCAGGCGGGAUUCAAGUAGUUGCCAAUUUAAAUGCUUAUCUAGAUAUAAUUCUAUAUCAUAUAUUUUAGUACGUUUCGUUAAGUUCAGUUUUCAUCGCACCCCAAGUAGUUCAAGUAUUUUGUCUUCAUUUAUAAAAAUCUGUAUCGUAUUUACAUAAGUCUCAAUACAAGUACAUUUUCCAUGUUUAUCAAAGUU